AUGGAGGCGUUUGAAUAUGGCGAGGAGAUGUGUUCAGCUGAGCGUGCAGCGGGCGACGCCCUCGACCGGGACGUCGCUUCAAUGUCGGAGGUAGUGAGAGGUCACAUCCGCCCUGAGCCGACUUCAUUGUGGAGCGGCACGCUCUACAACGACAUGAGCGCGGGCGGGUGGUGUCGGGCAGGAAGAACACGCGGGAAGGAGGAGAGGUUUUUGAUGGGUCAGGAAACGUUCAUCCGGAGGUUUGACCUCUGGUGCGAUCCGCAGAAGGGAACCAAAAACAAGAAGGCGGAAAACGAGGAGAUGAGCAAGGAAUACAAGGAGGACGACAAAUCAGCUGAAACCAAUGGCAAGUCGGAAACACAUGAAGUCGUUGGAGGAAAACAGUACGAAGUCAUUGAAGGGAAGGUUAAUUGGAGGGGAAGGCCUGCCGUGCGAGGGCGCCAUGGUGGUGUUGGCAAUUCUUUCUUCAUUCUUGUGAACUUUGGGCUGGAGAACCUGGCGUCUCUGUCUCUAGCCGUGAACCUUAUCAUGUACUUCAUGUCGGUCAUGCACAUCAACCUGGCCGACGCCUCCAACCUGCUGACCGACUACAUGGGCACGAGCUACAUGAUCGCGGUGCUCAUCACCGUCUUCGCCGACACCUUUGUGGGCCGGUACCAGACCGUGAUCAUAUCCUCCCUGGUGGAGCUCAUCGGGCUCCUGCUGAUGACGCUGCAAGCUCACUCCCCGAAGCUGCUGCCGGAGGGGUGCAAAUGGCCGGAGCCGACGUGCCAGAGGGUGGGCGGCCACAGCGAGACGCGGCUCUACGUCGGGCUGUACCUGGUGGCGAUCGGGUCGGCGGGCAUCAAGGCGGCGCUGCCGGCGCACUGCGCGGACCAGUUCGAGGCGAAGCACCCCAGGGAGCGGCGCCAGAUGUCCAGCUUCUUCAACUGGCUGCUGCUCAGCUUGUGCAUCGGCGGAGCCGUCAGCGUCACGGUGUUCGUGUGGAUCCAGAACGUCAAGGGCUGGGACAAGGGGUUCGGCGCCGCCACCGGCGUCAUGGGCCUCGCCCUCAUCGCCUUCCUCGCCGGCAUGCCCCGCUACCGCAUCUUCACGGCGCAGGGCAGCAGCGCGCUUCUCGACAUCCUCCGGGUGUACGUUGCUGCGAUCAGGAACCGGAAUCUGCAGCUCCCUGAGAACCCCGACGAGCUGUACGAGAUCAGCAGAAGCAAAGCUUCUCCCGAGGAGGAGUUCGUGUCCCACAGGGACAGGCCAUUCAGGUUCCUGGACAGGGCGGCCAUCGUGCAGGCGCCGGCGGCGGAGGCGCCGAGCCCGUGGCGGCAGUGCCGGGUGACGCACGUGGAGCACGCCAAGACGGUGCUGGCCAUGGUGCCCAUCUUCUGCAGCGCCAUCAUCAUGGGCACCUGCCUGGCCCAGUUCCAGACCUUCUCCAUCCAGCAGGGCUCCACCAUGAACACGUGGGUCGGGGACUUCCAGAUGCAGCCGGCGACGCUGCCCAUCAUCCCGCUGACCAUGCUCAUCUUCGCCGUGCCCAUCUACGAGCGCCUCUUCGUGCCCUUCGCCCGCGGCAUCACGGGCCACCCCAACGGCAUCCCCUACCUGCAGCGCGUCGGCGUCGGCCUCGUGCUCUCCGUCGUCUCCAUGUGCAUCGCCGCCGUCGUGGAGAUGCACCGCAAGAAGGUGGCCGUCCGGCACGGCAUGCUGGACGCGUUCCCGAUGCUGCAGCCGCUGCCCAUGUCCGUCUUCUGGCUGGCCCCGCAGUACGGCGUGUUCGGCAUCGCCGACAUGUUCACCUACAUCGGCCUGCUCGAGUUCUUCUACUCGCAGGCGCCGCCCGCGCUCAAGUCCAUGUCGUCGGCCUUCCUCUGGGCGUCCAUGUCGCUGGGGUACUACUUCAGCACCAUCAUCGUCAAGGCCGUGAACGCGGCCACCAGGAAGCACACGCUGAGCGGCGGCUGGCUCAACGGCAACAACAUCAACCGGAACCACCUCGACCUCUUCUUCUGGCUGCUCGCCGUGCUCAGCUUCAUCAACUUCCUCAACUAUCUCUACUGGGCCAGCUGGUACAAGUACGUCAAGCCCCAGGACGAGGAGGACGAUGCGGUCGCACCGGUGGAGCAGCAAGUGUGA